AUGGAAGUCAUAGAAGUUGCUCAGUAUGAAAGUGAUAAAUCAGACGAAGAGGUCGCGGAAGAAAAUGAUGGCAAUAGAUUUCGUAGAUUUAUAUCAUCUUUACGUUUGCUCAACAUUAUAUAUAUGUCGUCACACUUAUGUUCUGAUGCUACAUAUAAAUUAGCGUGGCAAGCUUCAAAAAUUGUUAAUAAUUGGUCAAUUGAACGAGAUACUACAGAACCAACAAUAUCUUUAAAAUUAUGGACUUCAUCAUAUCAAUGGGCUAAAUCAACGAAAAAUAUAACUUGUAUUCUAAAUGAUUCCUCAAAUAAAUAUUAUAUACCAGGUCGUGAUUUACAAUCCAUUACACAAGCCAAUUUAGAUAAAUAUGAAAAUAAAAAAUGGACAACUUUUAAUCAAUUCAAAAAAUCAUUUGAUAUUUGGUGUCUGGAAAUGAAAAAUGAUCCAAAUUGGAAAACAUCCAAAUGCAACUGUCCAGCUUUUUUUAAGAACUAUAUAUGCAAACACGCUGUCGGUAUGACUAUUCGUUUGUAA